AUCAAUGUUUCUGGUGUUGGAGUUUCACUUAAAGAUGGUUUUGUUCACAAUGCGUGGGUCGAUUAUGAUGGUCCACGAAGGAGAAUCGACAUUCGUUUAGGACUUGCGAACGAAGAAGUUUAUCCUAUCAAGCCUAUCUUCUCAGAGUUUAUGGAUCUGUCACCUUACCUGAAUGAGUAUAUGUUUGUAGGAUUCUUAGCUUCAACCGGUAACCACACACAAAUUCACAACAUACUCUCUUGGAACUUCACUUCAAAUAGCCAAGCUUUUCUUCGCUACCCUUCAUCUGAAACAUGUCAAGGUAAGAUCAUGCUUGAGAAUACUACAGAAACAAUAGCAGCUACCGAUAAGAACUCUAAUAGGAACAAAACUCCGCGAAGCUUUUUGAUUUUUGUGGCUGCUGUAGUGUGGGCUUUGGUUGUUUUAGUUGGUUUUUACUUUAUCAGCAAACACAGAAGAAGUGUUUAUAAAUCAAGGACUUCUACAGAGGAAGAUAUUCAUAGGCCAAGGCCUCCUAACAAACCACGUCGCUUCGCUUUUUCUGCAAUUUCCUCUUUGACUAGAUCAUUCAGUGAGAUAGAAGUACUUGGAAGUGAUACUAGAGGAGUAUACUACAGAGGAAAGCUUAGUAAUGGAAGCCAAGUAGCUGUGAAAAGAUUCUCAACUGAAUUUCUCAGUACACACGGAUCCGAUAAGAAGCGCUUGUUGAAAGAAAUCAAAGUCAUUAAUCAUGUUCGUCACCCGAAUUUGCUUCCAAUAAGGGGAUGGUGUCAAGACAACAAUGAAAUCAUUGCAGUCAAUGAUUUUGUCCCCAAUGGAAGCCUCGAUAAAUGGCUAUUCGGAGCUGGUGUUCCUCCGUGGACGCGUCGGUUCAAAGUCAUCAAAGAUGUAGCCGACGGCUUGAGUUUCUUGCACAGUAAACAACUAGCUCACAAGAACAUGAAAUGCAGCAGUGUGUUUCUAGAUGUCAGCUUCAGAGCUGUUUUGGGAGAUUUUGGAUUUGUGCUAUUGGGAGCAGAAUCAAAACAGUUUGAGGCAGUAGUGUGUAAUGGUGCUGAUGUGUUUGAGUUUGGUGUGAUUGUGUUGGAAGUGAUUGGUGGAAGGCCAAGGGUGGAGGAAACAGAUGAAGGAAAUUCGGAAGAGAGGAACCUAUUAGAUUUUGCAUGGAACUUGCAUGAGACUGAUGAGUGAUGAGAAAGUGAAGCUGGUUGAUAAAAGAAUGUGAUCGUUGAUCAAUUUGCAUUAUUAUUUUUGGGGGAGUGUAAAGAUAGGUUUGUGAAUAUGGGAUAGUGCAGGAGAAAUGAUGAUUAUAAAGUUUUCAUUAUCAGUAUGCUUUAGCAUUUCUUUGGAACCUUCACAGCCUCUAUGGAGGAUGUGUGAUUCUUUAGAGUCUUCUUGUUAUGUUGUGUUAUUUUGUAAGUGAAAAUUGGUAAACAAGGGAAAAGAAGUAUAUUCUAUUCUUCUUUA